AUGGCUACCUCACCAAAUUUCAAGCACAUACUUCUUGUUGCUUUUCUUUUGCUUUGUUUCAUCACCAUGACAGCAAGAGCCAGAAGUUUGAGAGAGAUUAAGGAUGAUGCAGUCAAGAAGAGUCAAACUGGUUUGUUUAAGCCACAACAUGAAGGUGCACAAGAAAGCAAUAAUGAGUUGGAUACAAUGGAUUACACACCUGCAAAAAGGAAUCCACCAAUCCAUAAUUGA